AUGGAACAUUUAUAUCACUCUGAUAUAUUUACUGAAACUGAUAUGAAACAUUUUCGACUUGUUGCAUUUAUUGCUAUUGCAUUAAGUACUGUAACAAUGUUAAGUUGUAUUAUUCUUAUGCCAAUAUCUUAUCAGUAUGUUCAAAAAGUACAAAGUACUAUGCAAAAUGAUAUGGAAUUCUGUAAAAGUCGUAACAGAGAUUUUUGGACAACAAUUUGGAAUGUGCAACGUAGGAAAGAACGCAGUAGUGGAAUUCGUUUUAUUCGUAGUACACAAUCGCAAAAUAAAAAUAAUCGUUGGCUUUUUGGAUAUAGAAAUGACGGUGAUAGUGCAACUUCGAAUGUAAAUGAAUUAUAUCAAAAUCAUAUGAGGUUGCAACAACCAUACGGUAAUGGUGCAUACGAUGGUGAUGAAAGUAAGAAAUCAUCUGUAGGUGAUGGUUAUGAUGGAAUUUAUGAUGGUCGUCAUGCAAAGAAGAAAGAUAAAUGUUGUUGCCAGAUUGGAGAACCUGGAUUACCUGGCCAACCUGGUAUUGAUGGUGAAAAUGGUCUGGAUGGUCAACCAGGACCUGAUGGAAUACCUGGAGAAGGUGUGGAACAAGAUUAUUCGGCACCAGUAUUAGCACCGUGCAUCAGAGAAUGUCCACCAGGACUUCCUGGCCCACCAGGAUUUCCUGGUGAUAAAGGUCCCAGAGGGUAUGCAGGUGAAAUCGGUGAACCAGGAGUGCCAGGAAAACCAGGUGAAAAAGGUUUGCAGGGAAAACAAGGACCAAAAGGUCCACCGGGAAUAAUGGGACGAAAAGGAAAUAAGGGCGAAGCAGGGAAACGUGUCCCUAGUGUUGGACCAGAAGGACCACCUGGUCGACCAGGUGAAAUGGGACCUCCUGGAAUGCCGGGACCACCAGGUGAGAAAGGACAACCUGGUGGGAAAGGUCAAGAAGGUGCACCAGGUGAUGAAGGAAGAGCAGGAUUAUAUGGGAAGCCAGGAAAGCCCGGUGCACCAGGGCCAAUUGGAAAAGCAGGCGCAAAUGGUGGUUGUGAUCAUUGCCCAAAACCACGAUUACCGCCUGGUUAUUACUUAUAA